CAGCCAGGCCUAGCAGGCCCCACGCCACCGCUGCAGCUGCCUCUGCCUCCGGGGCCACCGCCGCUGCCGCGGGGCCACCAUGCUCCUGCCCAGGCCUGGAGACUGACCCUAAACCGGCACCAUCUCUCAGCUCCGCCCCCACCUGCCGGACCCCAGGGUCCCGCCCCGGCCCAAGAGGUCAGCCGGGGAAUCAUUAACUAGAGGCCGUGACAUGGCGGAGAAGGAGGGUGGCCGGACGGUGCCAUGCUGCUCCGGACCCAAGGUGGCAGCUCUCACUGUGGGGACCGUGCUGCUCCUGAUAGGCAUCGGGGCGGCGUCCUGGGCCAUUGUGACCGUUCUACUCAGGACUGACCAGGAGCCGCUGUAUCCAGCAGGACAGGAAGUCCUGCCUCCCCUCGUCCAGAUCUGUGGGGCUGCGGGAAGACUGCUCAGCUUGGGUGUUGCCUCACCAAGUUCUUCCUAUGAGGAUGCAAAAUUGAGUUUGCCAGAUUCACUUUCCCAAAAUGUGCUCUCAGAACACCAGCCAUUGCAGGUCAGCCCGGCUGACGCUCGGCUCACGGUGUUUGACCAGACGGAGGGCACGUGGCGCUUGCUGUGCUCCUCGCGCUCCAACGCCAGGGUGGCGGGGCUCAGCUGCGAGGAGAUGGGCUUCCUCAGGGGGCUGAACCACUCGGAGCUGGAUGUGCGGACGGCGGGCGCCAACGGCACGUCGGGCUUCUUCUGCGUGGACGAGGGGAGGCUGCCGCACGCCCGGAGGCUGCUCGAGGUCCUCUCUGUGUGCGACUGUCCCAGGGGCCGUUUCCUGGCUACCGUCUGCCAAGACUGUGGCCAUAGGAAGCUGCCCGUAGAUCGCAUCGUGGGCGGCCAGGACACAAGCCUGGGCAGGUGGCCGUGGCAAGUCAGUCUUCGCUACGACGGCGCACACCUCUGUGGGGGGUCCCUGCUCUCCAGAGACUGGGUGCUGACAGCUGCCCACUGCUUCCCGGAGCGGAACCGGGUCCUGUCGCGAUGGCGCGUGUUUGCCGGUGCCGUGGCCCAGACCUCCCCCCACGGUGUGCAGCUGGGCGUGCAGGCAGUAAUCUACCAUGGGGGCUAUCUCCCCUUUCGAGACCCCAACAGCGAGGAGAACAGCAAUGACAUUGCCCUGGUCCACCUCUCCAGCUCCCUGCCCCUCACAGAGUACAUCCAGCCCGUGUGCCUCCCGGCUGCUGGGCAGGCCCUGGUGGAUGGCAAGAUCUGCACCGUGACUGGCUGGGGCAACACACAGUACUACGGCCAACAGGCUGGGGUACUCCAGGAGGCCCGAGUCCCCAUAAUCAGCAAUGAUGUCUGCAACGGCCCCGACUUCUACGGGAACCAGAUCAAGCCCAAGAUGUUCUGUGCUGGCUACCCCGAGGGUGGCAUUGAUGCCUGCCAGGGUGACAGUGGUGGCCCCUUCGUGUGUGAGGACAGCAUCUCUCGGACGCCACGUUGGCGGCUGUGUGGCAUCGUGAGCUGGGGCACUGGCUGUGCCCUGGCCCAGAAGCCAGGCGUCUACACCAAAGUCAGUGACUUCCGGGAGUGGAUCUUCCAGGCCAUAAAGACUCACUCCGAAGGCAGCGGCAUGGUGACCCAGCUCUGACCUGUGGCUUCUCCUCGCUGUGCACGCCUCCAGGGCCCGAGCUGAUCUAAGUGGCUUCAGCCCCACAUGAUGGGGUUCACCCUGGGAUGGAACAUUUUUCCUCUUGGGCCCAGCCCACAGGUCCAAGGAUACCCUCCUCCAAGGUCCUCCACAGUGGCGGGCCCACUCAGCCCUGGGACCACCCGAGCCUCACCCUCCUGACCCCCAUGUAAAUAUUGUUCUGCCAUCUGGGGAUCCCCACCUAAUGCCCCUGAUGACAGGAUGCUCUUUAAAUAAUAAAGAUGGUUUUGAUUAAUGUGG